AUUGCUUGUAGCGCUGUACAUCUUUAAGGCGCCGUGACAAUGUAUCAGAGAAGCCACAGCCGGAGCAGUCUUAAACAAUAGACGAGAUAUGAACAUGUAUCUUAUUAAUGAUAAAAGAGUUUCCGUUGAACGGAUUUUCCUUCCUGAAAAAUAAUUUUGUUGUUGAAAAAAAAGUAAAUCAUUUAUUUGUAGUGACAGUGAAAUUAUUUUAUCAAAUAAAAUGUUUUAGUUGAUACGGAACAAUAUAUUGUUAAUUUAAAUACAAUACAGUGAAAAGCAGGACUGUCGAUUGAUUAAAUAGCAAAAAAAAAGAGAAAAAAAUUAAACAAAUGCACUAGGAGAAAAAAAACUUUGAAAUAAUUUGGGAUUUUGUAAGAAAAAAGGUACCGUAAAAACGUAGUAUUUAAGAAGAAAUACCUUGUCAUUUUUCUAUAUUUGAACGGAAUGCUUAGGGUGUGAGUGAAUAUUAACUUUUAAGUGGACUUUGAAUGAAACAAGGACAAAGUGUGCAUGGAUAACACACAUUUACGGAGGAUAUAAAGCCUUUCCUUUUCGAACUGCAAAAGAUUGACUUCUAACGUAGAAAACCAUGGCUUUACACAAGUUUGAACUACCGUCAGGAGAAGAUUGUUCUCUUAACGUAACAUCUAUUAUGAUCGAGUUGGGAAACAUUAGUGAAAUUGAAAAACAAACGGAGUUAUUUUCAAAGCUAAAACAGGCUUGUAUUUCCGGGAACCAUGAUGAAUGGAAACAGAACCUGUAUCGAGAUUACCCGCAAUAUAUGCUGCCCAAUCGAUUUUUAUCUUUAUAUAUCCCACCUGUUUUAUUGGCCUUGGGUACAAUCGGCAACUUGCUGUCAUUCAUAAUAAUGGCUAAAAGUAUGCUGAAAGUAAGCACGUACAGCUACCUCGCAGUUUUGGCAAUUAUGGAUAUACUAGUCCUCUAUGUAGGACUUUUGCGUAUGUGGGUGGGGCAGUUCUCUGUAGAUGCACAGCAUACGUCGAACUCCAUGUGUAAACUGGUGAGUUUUCUUGGGUACGUGAGUAGUGAUACAUCUGUGUGGCUUAUUGUAGCUGUUACCAUAGAGAGAUUUAUAGCUGUGAAAUUUCCACUCCGGGCCCCGCGCAUGUGCAAUGUGCAUCGAGCCAGACUUGUUAUUAUAUUAAUAGUAACAAUCAUUUGUUGCAUAAACAUGCAUAUUAUCUGGACAGUGGAGCUGCAGUACACAUCAAAUAACAAUACAAAAUGUGAUGCAAGCAUGGAACAUCAGGUUCUCGUAAAAGACGUUUGGCCUUGGGUUGAUGCAGCCAUAUACUCCUUCGUACCUUUCUAUGUUAUCUCUAUUCUCAAUUCGCUCAUUGUUAGACAAGUUCUCUUCGCGAGAAGGCGCCGCUCACAAAUGCAGCAUAUCGAACUUACUUCUAAAUAUAACAGCUUCGUGAACAAGUCUCAGCUUAGAAAAUCAAAUGAAAGCAACAAGAAACUUACUAUAAUGCUUCUGGCUGUUUCUUUUACAUUCCUGCUUACAACAUUGCCAAUGAAUCUGCUGCAAAUUGUAUCCGCUUUCUUUGGUUCAGUUGCGGAUGAUGCCAAACGGUAUGCACAAAUGACACUAGGGCGCACAAUAGUCGAACUGCUGAUGUAUGUGAACCACAGUAUCAAUUUCUUCCUCUACUGUGCUACAGGUCGAAAAUUUAGGCGCCAAGUAAAGAUAAUGGCGUGCCUUUGUUGCAGUGGGAAAAUUGCUAAAUAUUUCAAGCGAGAGAAAAGAAGAGGGACUGCAAGCCCAACGACCAGUUACAGGCUCUCCAGGUUUAACUCAUUCUCAAGUCCACGGUCGAUGAUCAUUGAAAAUGACAAAAGAUUUGUUGUUGGACCUAAUGGAAGAGUAUAAAACUGCUCGAUAAUGAAUAGUCUAGUUUAAAACUGGAGUGUUAACAGAAGAGUAAACGCGCGAUAACAUGAUCACGUUCUGUUAACAUACUCAUGCAUACAUAUGCGUUCCAAGGCGGAAUGCAAAGGCAUAUAGACCAUAAAUUGCAUCAUUUAGCGGGUAAUGCAGGAAAUAAUUGCUAAUUGACAUUAUGUUCAUUUAACUUUGUUGUUUUUGUUUUCACGUUUCAUGCCAGGAUAGUGUAAGCACAUGUUUGUUGCCUGUCAUAUCACCAACAGACUUUCUCGGAAUACGUACGUUCCCUCGCGUUAACAAGGCCGGAACAAAAAAAAACAUGCCUACGCUGGAUAAAACGGCAGUUUAGUUAUCUGAGCAAAUUACGGCGUUUUGUAGAAAAUAUUUGACGUGCUUUAUCAAAUCACCCGUGUACACUUGUAAAUAUACAUCAAUGAUUGAAAGCACAAGUUGGACAAUUAUGGUAUUCUUUGAUAAAAGUAUAUUUUGUUUUUGUAUGGAUGUUAAUAUUGUUGCGUUUUGUCAUAAAUAAAUGACAUAUAGUUGUAUGACAAGAAUAUAUGUGCAAGUUAUUUGAAUAAAGACGAGAUUCCGUUAUUGAUAUUAAUGUUGUUACUUAA